AUGGUGGACUGCAUGGCAACAAUGGAUCUCUACUCAUCUGACCGGCCACUCCAACCGACACCGCACUUCUCCGGUCACCUAUGGAUCCCUUCUGUUUCUCUUGCCUCCACCAGCCGUCAGCACCCCUUUUACUUGCCUCGACAUUUCAACCCUGAUCUCCCACCUCUACCAGUGGACGCUGUCGGCGCCUUGGUUUUUGUCUUCCCUAGCCGUUCUCCGAUCCACAAGAGCCGGGUCCUCCUCCACUCUACGGGCCCUCACCUACCAGCCAAACCACCUGCCCCCCCAACUUCCUUCCUUGACCUCUGGCAUCACUUCGGCAGUUUGGCUGAAUCAGGUUCUCACAGCUGGGUUCCAGAGGUCAUUACCAUUGAAGGGAGUGAGGACCGCCUGGCUCAGGCUCUUCUUGCCGGUUCCCUUUGUGCCGUGAGCGACGGCUCUUACAAAGCUAAAGUGGGCACAGCAUGCGCUCAAAUUCUCACUGAGGAUUGCAGGGAUAUCAUCUGGAUCACCUGCCAAACCCCUGGGAAAUUUGAGGAUCAGAGUUCAAGGCGCAGCAAAUUGAUUGGCCUUAUGGCUUCUCUCCUGGUGUUGGGCUGGAUAUCUCAGGUCGCCCACCUGAAACUCUUUGCCAGCCAACCGUCAGUUGAGAUGGCCUGUGACGGGCUCAUAGCUCUUGAUAAGGCAAGUCCUUCUCCAACAUCCAUGUGUCAUCGUCUGGUGCUCAGUUUGAUCUGGCCUCCACCAUCCGGGCCUUGCUUUGCCACCUUCCCCUCCAAGUUCAUCGGCGCCAUGUUAAAGGCCACCUGGACAAGCACCAGCCUUUCUCCCAACUGGACUGGUGGGAGCAGCGCGAUGUGGAAGUGGACUACAAAGCACAGUCCUAUCGCCGCCUGCUAG